AUGUCGUCUUUAGCAGGUGCUCUGAUCCCUCCAGAAAUGUCUUCUCUAUCCUCCCAGGCUCCUAGCGACCAUCUAUACGAUAAUGUUGAUGUUGACAUGAAGCCAGCACUGGAGCAUAUAGAUCCAACAGCCAAUGAAGAGGAUGAAGAAAUGACCGAUUUAUUCGGGGGUGACGGUGAGGUUGAGAACGCGACCCGCGGAGACCGACAUACAUCUCUAGGUGAUACGACGGAUGGAUCGGAGGGGCUAGGUUCUGCAGAGGCCGAGCAACGAAGAGCUCUUGAGUACGAAGAGGAUGAAGUUCCACCAGAAAUAGCCAUUGAAGAACGCGAAGCCAAUGUCGCUUUCCCGAAUUUACCUGUUCCGUCUAACUCAGACCAAGAUAACUGGGUCAUACGGUUGCCCAACUUCGUCAGAAUGGACUCAAAACCAUUUCAUCCAGAUACCUAUGUUGGACCGGAACAAGAAGAAGACGACGCCAUUCAACAGGCGGAAACACUGCGUGAAAAAAGCAUGUCAAUCAAACUCAAAGUCGAAAAUACUAUGCGUUGGAAAUGGAUCAAGGAUGAAUACGGCGGUGAUCGCAGACAGUCCAACAGUCGCAUUAUACGGUGGUCUGACGGUACUAUGAGUCUCAGGCUUGGGAAGGAACUUUUUGACAUUACCAAAGACAUCGAUACGUCUGGUGCUAUUCCUCGUAAAUCGUUCGGUGGAUCACAGUCGCAGUCACAGUUACAGCCACCUCCCUCGACGCCGGGAAAGUCUCACGGCCUCACUUAUCUGGUCGCCCAACAUAAACGAUCUCAGGUUUUACAAUCUGAGGCUGUCAUCACCGGUUAUAUGUCUUUACGUCCAACCGGUAUGCAGUCUGAGACACAUCGGAUGUUGGUACGUGCCGUGGGCCAAAAACACAACAAAGUUGCGCGCCUUCGUUUAGUUGAGGAUCCCGCCAUAGAUCCGGAAAAAGAAAAGGCGGAACUGAUGAAGACUGUGAAGAAAACGACUAAACGCAGAUCAAAUGCUGUUGAUUCUCUGGGCGGACGAACUUCCAGGAAAUCAUAUGGGAGGAGACAUGAAACGUCAGAUAUGGAACAAUCUGAUGAGGAUGAGGAAGGUGGGGGGAUGAGUACACGGAGGAGAAAGAGCCGUGAUGAGGAUGAUAGCGGAGGCCAUUACCAGCGCGAUGGAUUCGUUGUUGAAGACGAGUCUGAAGAAGACGGCGAUUUCGAUGCUGGCCGUAAACGCAGACGGGAUGAGGAAGAAGAUCCCCUUGAUCAACUUGAAGCGAAAAUUCAGCGACAACAAAAUAAACGGCGACAUGAAUCCGAUGACUCUGAUGCCGUUGAAGGUCAUGUGGAAGUUGAGAGCGAAGAGGAGGAGGAACAAAAGGUCCGUCGUGCUGGCGCGACUAGACGACGACAAGCGUUAUAUGAUGACGACGAAGACGAGUAA